AUGCUGGAGGUUGGUGAGACUAUGGAUUCAUCGAGAGUCGUCAGAAACGACAAUGCUGCGUUUUGUUCUACCAUGAAUGUCUUUCAAAACAUGUUUUCCUGUGGUUCACCUGCAACGUACACUCGUAGUCAGCUCCGACAGAUAGACGAAUGCGACUAUGACAAGAACCCAACAAGGUUGUAUAAGGCAAUUGAGAACCUUAACUGGGCAAGUGUAUUGGACUUCCUGCUAGAAGGAACAUGGCAAGACUCUGGAUUCGAAAAGAUUUUUCCCGAGACAGAUGCAAAUCCACCUGCGAAGCAAGCUGGAAUGUGGGUUACAAAAUUUGAUGAGGACGGAAAGGUAGAAUGGAGUCGGAUACCUUUACAUGCAGCAGUGAUCAAUGGGGCCCCAUAUACGAUCGUGAAACGACUGAUGGACCUAUUUCCGGAAGGUAUUCGAUGCACCGAUGAUAAAGGCAUGCUUCCCCUCCACCUGGCCAUCAAGCAUUCUUCGACAGCAAACAUUUUAAGACUUCUCCUUGAGAAAUUUCCUGAAGCAAUGUUUGCAAAGGAUAAUACAGGCAAUGGACCUUUUCAAAUGAAGGAAGACGAACGCACAAGAAUCAUGACAAUCAUCACCAAUUAUACUACCAAAAGAAUCCAAGAGGAAUGUGGACAAAUAGAACAGAAGCGACUGCAAACGCUCCAGAACGACUUGGCAAAGCAAAGAGAAGCCAAUGAAGAGUUAGAAGCAAAGCUCACAUUAAAAAAUCAAGUGAUUGUACAAAGCACCAAGGAGAAGGAACAGACCCUUCGCCAACUUGCAAAGUAUCAACAAUCACCUCAAUCGUUGCCAUUGCUACUAUCAUCGAACGCAAGCGACGAAGUCUUCAAUGCGCUUGAAGGUACACAGCGCCGGAUUCAGGACUUGGAAUAUAGGAUGAGGAAUAACAAUCAUCAUCAUAGCUUUGAAUCCUCCCAAGUGCAAAAUGAAAUGGCCGAGACAUCGGCAAUCAAUAGACUGGAUCGAGAAUUAAGAGCAGAGAAACGACGGUUAGAAGAAAAGAACAGGAUGAAUCGGCAGUUACGAGGUGAAAAGGAAAAGUUAGAAGACGAGCUGCGGAGGAGUAAACAACAAGUGCGCAGAAUCACCAAGGAACGGAUGACAGAUGAUCUGAAGUACUGUCAGCAAAAGAUGGAAGAGUUGGACAAGGGGGCGGCUCACAAUGGUUUCAGCCACCAAAUGAAACAGGAAGAUCCGAUUGGAUUGCAAGAAAGAGACGAGGUUGAAGAUUUUCGAGAAGAGGAUGAUUUGGAACGAAGAAUACGGCAAAGCCAAGAAACUGUGAGUCGUUUGCUGCAAAGAAGCAAAGGUGGACCAAGAUCUCGGUCAUCCAGAGACCGACAGCUUCUGCGAAAUCAGAAAUACGGCCAUGCACGACAUUCCGAUGAAGUCAGCGAAAUGACUCCUGUGUCAUUUAGUGGUCGAAGUACAGAAGACGUCCGAGGUGGCCUCCACAAGAUGAUGAAAAACAAUCUAAUGCAAAAGGAAACUGGCAUCAGAGAUCGAAUAUCACGGAUGCGGCACUACCACGUGUAA